UAAUUUUUGGUAAUUAACUUAAUUUUAUAUGCCAGGAAAUUAGCUGACAGCAAGAACUACAGAAUACGACUACUAGAGAACAAGCUAGCCAUCCAUCAUUGAUCAGAGGUUCAAACCACAUUCAUCCAAUCUGAAAAUCUGAUCCCAUUUUCCAGAGAGGCCAAUGGAUCAGAUCCAACAUUUCAGCCACCGUCAUCAUCCCCUGACGUUAGUCCUCCUCAACGAAGUGGAUGGUGAUCUUGGUCGCUGUAAAAUAUGCUAUGAAACAAUAAAACGGGUUUCUGAUGAUGGUUACGGAUGCAAAGAGUGCGGUUUCUACAUACAUAAGUCAUGUGCUGUAUUUCCCUAUGAGUUGCAGCAUCCCUCACAUCCCAAACAUCUUCUUCUCCUCGAACUACAUUCUAGGGAACGAUGCGCUAAUUGCAGCUCCUAUUGGUUCGAGUUUAAAUAUAAGUGUCCUUAUUGUCAUGAGUUUUAUCUUUGUCCUGAAUGUGCAUUUCUACCUCUCACCAAAAAAGCUGAAAAUCACGACCACCCAUUGAACCUUAUGCAGAAAUUAUUGCCAUUCACAUGUGAUCAUUGUUUGGAGAAAGGCAAUAGCAUGCCUUACUUUUGUUCCACCUGUUCGUAUAUGAUCCACUCAAAAUGUACAUCUUUACCAUUGAUUGUACAAUCAUCAACCAUACAAGCUGCAAUUCACUGCCAUCCAUUGACCUUUAUGCCAGCACUUUCGAUCUCCCUCACUUGCGAUGCUUGUGGGAAUGAAAUUAAGGGCAGGUUUUACUUUUGUGCCACUUGUUCAUUUGUUGCCCACCUCAAUUGUGCCCAUUCACCAUCAAUCGUCAAAGUAAUAAGGCACAAGCACCCUCUCAAUCUCAUCUACUCUCUUCCAGCCGACCAAUCCAAACGUAGAGUAGUGUGCCAACUAUGUGCUAAGACGGUGGACACGAACUACUGGCUCUACUGUUGCUCAAGCCACGAUUUUGUUGCUCACCUUCAUUGUGCUACAAAGAAGGAAGAAAUAGAUGAAACAUUUGUGCCGAACUCUAAACAAGAUCACAAUGAUAAAUCCAUGGACUUAUUACCUGCAUAUAUUGUCAAAAAGACCAAAUCAGAAGGAGACGGAACUGAAAUACAAACAGAAAUCAAGCAUUUCAGUCACGAGCAUGACUUAAAACUCAUCGACGGGCUUGGGAUCGACAAAAAGUGCAACGGGUGCAUACGGUCUAUCUUCCCUCCAUUUUAUGCAUGUGCUCAGUGUGAAUUUUCUCUUCACAAAUCUUGUGCCGAAUUAUCUAGAGAAUUGCGAAACUCACUUCAUCGACACCCCUCAAGCUCGGCUCAAGAUCAGAACAAGAUCGGGGAUUUAAGUGUGGUUCUUGUAUGCGUGAGUGUAACGGCUUCAAUUAUCGUUGUGAAGAAUGCAAUUUUGACCUUGAUGUCCAAUGCAGUUUAAUCCCUGACAUCCUUACACAUCCUAGUCACGAACACCACCAACUAAUUCUUGCUAGCUCAUCAGAAUACAAACCGUGUAGUGCUUGUGGAUCAAAGGGAAG